AUGUUUUCAAGUACAUCUUUUCCACUUAAGCCACUGAUCAUUGGUACGAUGACUGAAGAAGCCUUAGGUUAUGUUUACGGUGAAUUGACUCAACCGCUGUCACCCCUUGGUUAUCUCACAGUCGGACCGAUACUAUUCGGUAGCAACUUUUCCGCAAUUGCUAUGCGCUAUCCACCAGAAGGGUCUGGCGAUCAGCGUCCACUCUUGGCUCGACUUGUUACUCAAUGGGUAUUUGCAUGUCCAACACGUGUCCUUGCUCAUAAAGCAGCUGCCUACUCGUACGUAUUUGGUUAUCCACUUCACACUAUGGGUAUUAUAAAUGCAGGAAUUUGUGAGGCUCGUGCAUGUCAUAGUUAUGAAUUGCCUUUCUUAUUUCAAGCGUUUUGGCUUAAUUUUACUAAUGCCGAUCGAUACAUAUCCCAAACAUUGGCUACCUAUUGGACAAAUUAUGCCAAAAGUAAAAAUCCAAAUCAUCCAGUAAAAGUUCCUUUGGCAUGGUCAAAACUAGCUUCUCAAUCUGAGAAGUAUUUGAACUUUACAGAUCCAGUCCAAAUUACAACAAAUUAUUUGAUGAAUGAUUGUAACUUUUGGGAUGGGAUUGGUUACUACUAG